AUGGCAAAGGCGAGCAAAUGCCGCCCUCCGAAUUCCCGUGCUAAGUCCACAGGCACUGACGCGAAGGAGAACUUAGAUCCUCACGCUGUUGUGACUGCAACAGCAGACAAAAGAAGGACUGUUCUUGUAGCUUGGUCUAAACCCGAGAAUCACCACCUUACAGACUCGUUACUCACUCUCAUUGAGGAGAGUAACACCUAUCGAAAGGCAUUUGGAUUCGCGUUGCUCCCCGGUAGUGGCAAGGUUGCUUCAACUGGAAACCGGCCUGCAAAUCUCUACCGGCAAUUGGCUACAGCCCUUUUUCUCGAUCACGAGGACUCACCAUGGAAGGAUGUAGGCCUCAAUGACCUUGCAGAAGCUGUCAAGAACCGUGUGGCGAAUGGACUGCGCAAGGCAUUCAUCAAGCACCGUGAUUCAAUGUCACAGACUGGUCAGGGUUUGAUUGAUGCUGAUCGCGAGGAUGAGAUAACUUUUGGCAGCGAGAUUUUUAAUGCAUGGGACCAAGUGAAGAAAAAAUUUCCGUGGUACAAACGGAUGAAUGCCUUGUAUCGCGAGAGUCCUGCUGUAGACCGCUCUGCUUUGGCUAACAGUGCAUCUCAACUCGAUCUAAGUGUUCUCAAUUGUUCGCAGACUAUGGAUGAUGACGAGAUACCAAUUGAGUGGCCUCGCUCGCCAACUCCCGAGCAUACGAACAAUGAUGACAAAUCAAGUAUUGUCUUCACUCCUCCCUCUACACCUGCCUCGCGUGCUAAGCCAGAGCCACCUUCUGUCCGUCGUGCGAGUGGCCAGAAACGAAAGUCGAUGCACAGCCAUAUCGAGGACCUUACCACCUCCCUUGGUGAAUUGAGGGUGAAAGUUGCUCGAGUGCGAGAGCGAGAACAUACUCUGCGAGCCCAGGCAAAGGAAGACCGAAAAAAGGCUGAGUUUGAUUCUCGCCUCCAGUUUAAGGCUGCCGAAGCUGAACGACAGCGUGCACAUGAGCUCGCUAUGCUUGAACGGCAAAUUGAACUCGAACGUUUGCGAGCUCAACCUAACUUUGCCAGUUCCUCGUCUGCAGGCCUUCGUCAGAGUGACCCCCCCCACUCUGGACCAUCGAUUCCGUGGGCCAUUGAUCCAUCUCUUUGUUAGCUUGUUUUUUGCCUACUAUUGUGUGUUCUUCGCAAUUAUCAUCCUCUCCUUUCGAGUUCCACUCUUUUCUACCACUACUGAUUAAUAUCCAGCCAUUCAAGUAAAUUCUCUUUCAG